GGACAGUGGUCCGCCCGAUCCGGUUAGCGCGGAGUGGAAAUUGCCUCGGCUUUUUUUUCCGCCGCGGUUUCGUGCAUAGUCCGAUGCCCUCGGACAUUCAGCCUCACGUCUGCUUCUGCAGCUGCUUCCCGGACGCGACCUGGAUAUCUUGGUGCAACGGCUCCCAACUCAGAAAUGGCACCCGACUUGGAGGAGUUCGAUAUUGUCGUUGUAGGAGCGGGCCUCAGCGGCAUCAACACAGCAUACCGCCUAAAGAAUGACCUCCCACGACGCAAAUUUGCCAUCCUCGAAGCGCGCAAUGAGCUAGGCGGAACAUGGGGCUUUUGGAAGUAUCCCGGCGUCCGCUCUGACAGCGCCAUGGGCUUGUUCGGGUUUCCCUGGUACCCCUGGCCGCACGAGGUCAACAUGGCCCAAGGUCCCGCCCUCAAGGCCUACAUGCAGGAUGCUGCUGCUUCACAAGGCAUUGAUAAGAAGAUCCGCUUCGGCCAUCGCCUGGUCUCGGCCAGCUGGAGCAUCGACGAACAGCGUUGGACCCUCCAGGUCGACGUGACCCUCCCCGAUGGCGGCGUUAGGGGGAUUACCCUCAAGACCUGGUGGCUCAUCAAUGCUACGGGCUACUACCGCUACGACAAGGCGCUUCCGGUCCAUAUCCCAGGGAUUGAUAAGUUUGGUGGCCAGGUUAUCCACCCUCAGUUCUGGGACGACAGCCUCGACUACGCUGGGAAACGGAUCGUCAUCAUCGGGUCCGGAGCCACCGCCAUAACCCUCCUGCCAGCCCUCGCUGAAACGGCUGGAAGCGUUACAAUGUUGCAGCGGAGCCCCUCGUACGUGCUUGCCAUGCCGAGGAAAAGUAGCAUGUUCGGCUCGUUGUCAAAGUUCAUGCCAGCACGCUGGGCGAGGACAGUUAUCUGGUGGCAGAGAAUGUUCGUUGAGACACUCUUCGUCAGGUUACUCCUGACAUUCCCGCGAUUCUUCCGGAAACUUCUCAUCACCGAGAUGCAGAAGCAGCUUCCCGAGGGAUUCAACAUCAACAAACACUUCACCCCUCGCUACAACCCAUUCGAGCAACGCCUUUGUUUCUGUCCCGGCGGCGACUUCUUCAAGGCCCUACACAGACCAAACGCCCAUAUCGUCACUGACACCAUCGAGACGGUCACCCAGAGAGGCAUCUUGCUCAAGUCAGGGGAAACUCUCGAAGCAGACAUCAUCAUCACCGCUACUGGGCUUUACGUUGCGUUUAUGUCUGGCAUCUCGGUUACCGUGGACGGAGAACCCGUGAUCGACCAAAUCGGCCAGAGAUACACGUGGAACGGGACCAUGCUGGAAGGCCUGCCCAACUCUGGACUCAUCGUGGGCUACACCGCGGCGACGUGGACACCUGGAGCUGAUGUCCGGGCACGGCAACUCAUCAAGGUCAUCAAGUACAUGGAGAAGACGGGGGCUACAUCGGCCACACCCUACAUUGACCCGUCGGAACGCGCCCGGCUUCCCAACAAGUCGGCCGUCUCCCUUAGCUCAACCUAUGUGACAAGUGCCGUUGACAGGAUUCCAAGGGCUGCCGGCGUCGGUCCCUGGAGGAAUGGGAUGGACUGGGUGUCUGACACGUGGCGGCUUCUCUUCACCAGCGUCAAGUCGGGUAUGCGCUACACCUUUGCAACUAAGUCAAAGCAUGUUUGAUACAGGUUUUGAUAUGACCAAUCUUUUCCCUUCUGGAACCACCGCAUCUGGGGCAGGCCUUCGCGCAUCGUCGCGCCAAAUAGUGUACCUGUAACGAUUAGAUUGUUUGCACAGUAGGUAGCUAUUGCAUCUACUGAGCAAAAUGAUAGUGGUCUGUCCUAUGAGUGGAUACGAAGGUCGGGUUCAUGGGUGGUAUGUGUCCUACAACGGGAAAGGGGUCAUAAUGUAGGUAGGAUCUUCGAGGGAAUCUGUGUAGGUAGGUUGCUAGGCGUUCCUAUUCGCACUGCCUCUAUUUGCUCCGAUUGUUG